CCAACUGCCAAAAAGCACUAAAAAAAUAACGGCCGUUUUAAGUGAAUCUAUCUCAUAACGUUAACUAUAAAGAAGUUGCGAGUGCAAAAUUAACAAAAACAGAUACAUAUAUAUGCAGUUUUAUAAUAAUAUAACUCAUCAGAACACAGUUAUAACCAAACAAUUAAGAAAGUUUAAAGCAAUCCAAAAUGAAUUAUAAUUAUAAUGGAAAAUACACUGGAACUCCUGUACAUAGACAGUUUAAAACGCCUACCGCAAAACGUAAGCUUAAAACAGACACAGGGACGGUAAAAAGAUGUAAAUCUGAUAGCGAAGACAGCAUUAGCAGUAACCCGGAAUCAGUAGCAAGUAGUUCUAAGGAUAGAGAAGUUAAUGUAUUGUCGCUUGUUGCCUUAUUCGAUGAAUUAAUGCGAUCAAUACGUAAAUUGAAUAACGCUGAAAUUGAGGAUCAUUUUAUGAGUAAUGUAGAGCAUUUUAUAUUGCUAACUGAGAAAUGGAGGGAAAGUAAUGUUGAGUGCCAACGAUUACAAAUUGAGCUGGAUAAAAAAACGCACGAAUUAAGCGAUGUUGAAAAUAAGUUGUCGCUUGCUCGAAAACUUUUAGAUCAGGAGAAAAAAUUGAGAAAAAAGGAAGUUGAUAAAGUUGAAAAUGAAAGAGAUUUAUAUUUAUCUCAAUUAUUAAAAUUGAGGACUAUUUUAACUAAGGAUUGUUGGAAUAACAUUCCUCGCGAAGCUAGGGAUAAUUUAAAUCUUCCUGGGAUGAGAAACAUCUCAGAACAUAACAUUGGCAUUACUAGUCCACCCCAAAAUUUUAUCCCCGAAGGAAAUACAACCGGGUCGUUAUUAUCGGACUUUAGUUAUUCAAUGUCUGAGGAUGAUUUCGAUGGGACAUCAAAAGUCGCUAAGAAUUGGCAAAAAUUACGUCCUAGUUUAGAUGGAGUUCAGGGAGAACCAGCAACUAAAAAACGACGAUCUUCUGGAAAUCAUGUUGAAAUUAACACCACCGAAACAGUUCGCGCAACCACAACAUUAACGGUAGCCAAAAAAGGACCAAUAACUGCAACUUCAAUCAUAGAAUCGAUUCCUAAAGUCGAUCAAGUUGAUAAUAAUAAGCCUCAACAUCCCGUAAAUAACGUUUUGGCUGAUUUAUGGAAAUCGUCACCUCAAAAACUUCAAACGAUCAAUAAAAACAUAAAAUUAUCACAACAUCGCCAACAUAGUUUUCAAAUGAAAACUAUUGUAAUGCCGGAUACUUGUGGUGUUUGCGAAAAAAGAAUUCGAUUUGCAAAAAAUGUUGUUAAAUGUAAAGUUUGUCGGAGUGUUUGUCACCCAGAGUGUAAAGAUAAAUUACCUCUUCCAUGUAUACCGUGUGCUAACACCCCAACUCAUCGUUUAGCGCAAGGUAUUAUUAGUGAUUACACCCCGACGACCGCUCCGAUGGUUCCGGCGAUAAUCGUGCAUUGUUUGAAUGAGAUUGAGGCGAAAGGGAUGAAGGAAUUGGGUAUUUAUAGGAUUCCCGGUGCUGAGAAAGACGUGAAAGGAUUAAAAGAUCGAUUUUUUAAAGGAAAAGCAGCUCCGAUUCUUACUAAUAUUGAUAUCCAUGUAAUUUGUGGUGUUGUUAAAGAUUUUUUGAGGUUUCUAAGAGAACCGUUAGUGUCGAAAUCGUUGCGAGGGGAGUUUAUAAAAGCGGUUGAAUGUUCCGAUAAAAAAGAUGUUGCCGCGAAUUUGUGUCAAAUCAUUUCCGAGUUGCCACAACCGAAUCGGGAUACUUUAGCGUACAUUAUUUUACAUUUAAAGAAAGUUGCUGAAUCUAAAGAAUGUAAAAUGCCGUUAACGAAUUUAGCGAAAGUUUUUGGACCGACGAUAGUUGGGUUUUCUUCGAAUGAUUUGGAGGAUAUGGGGGAUUGCUUGAAAGAAACGGGGCAACAAUAUAAUGUUAUGAUUAAUUUGUUGGAGCUUCCUGUUGAGUAUUGGCAAGAUUUUGUUAUUCAACAACAGUUAACGAUGAAGUUACAACAAACUCCGAGUACAGAUUCUUUAUUAAGGCCGACUCCCAAUCGAUUAUUUUCUACUCGUUUAGAAAGAGAUUUUAUUAAGAAAAGGAAAAAUAUAUUGACUACACCAUCGAGUCUUCUUACAUAAAUAUUUUUUUGAUGGUAAAAUGUUUUUCCUACAUAUUUUUAUGGUAAGUACUUAUGGGAUGGAUAAGAUUAAUUUAUCAUUAUCAAGAAGAAUUAAAUUUAUACUUGAAUUUCUACAAAAUUUACUUAAAUAAGUUUUUUUUGUAUUUAUCUUGUAAUAAGUGUAUCUUAACCAAUAUU